GCUUCAUCACCAGCUUCAAUCAUCAAAUCUCCACACAACCAGGCUCUACUCCGCUAAGCAUCCGCACUCGUUAACCCGCCCCCUUCAGUGACGAUAUUCCAAGACCAGGCACGAUGGCAGACAUCUCUACCCUCUCUACCCUCUCAUCCUACACCUUCGGCGGGCUCUGCAUCCUCUCCGCCCUCCCGUUCGUCGGCGUCCCGUUUCCCAACCGCCGCGCCGCAGACUACUACGCCGGUAAAAGCGAGUGGAUGUCGCAAAUCUUUCGCCGGCGUCUGAGUCCUGGACAAGCCGGAUACUUUGGCGCAGCUUUGCGCAUCGCAGUCGGCGCCGCUGUCAUAGUCCCCGAGACGAGGGAACCAGCGCUGCUCUUCAACGGGGCUGUGGUUACGUACGGGACCUUCAGGGCCUGUGUAGAUCGGCGACCUAUGCUUCCGCAGUGGGGAAUGUUGGCAGCGAUUGCGAUUUGUCUUGGUCUUGAGCGUCUGUCGCAAGCUACUUUACUUAAGGAGGCCUGAUUCGCGAAGAAGGGGGACUCUCAUUCUAGACUGAUGCUUGCUUCAAAUUCUAGGAUGGUCAUGUGGCCGUGCCGUGCAGUGUAUGAGUUCUGUUUGAACAUGCUCAUGAUCAUUAUGUUACAAAACUGAGAUUCCUGAUAUUGAAGUUUUCGAGACUAUGCCAUUGAUUUUUUUCUUUUACACUUUUCCAUGAUUCAGAUACUC